GCAGCCAACUCCUCCAGAGGCGCUGCACUCCGCCCCGGGGAGAGGGAACCUGAGGUGCCAGGGACCAGUCGCUGGGAGCCCGGGGCGCGGGCGAUGCGGGCGCCGCGGGCGACACCUGCGGCUCCUCUCGGUGGCAGCCGUCGCCUGGGCAGCAGCAGCAGUAGCAGCAGCGCGAACCUCGGCAGCUACAGUCGCUGCGGCCCGGACAGCCUCCGCUGCUGUCGCCUCUGCCGCGGUCGCGGUCUCUGAUGCUCCUGCCCGCUCCCGGCCCUGCCGAUCCGGGAGGAUGUGGGUUCUCGGCAUCGCAGCAACUUUUUGCGGAUUGUUCUGGCUUCCAGGGUUGGCGCUGCAAAUUCAGUGCUACCAGUGUGAAGAAUUCCAGCUGAACAACGACUGCUCGUCCCCUGAGUUCAUCGUAAAUUGCACCGUGAAUGUUCAAGACAUGUGUCAGAAAGAAGUGAUGGAGCAAAGUGCUGGGAUCAUGUACCGGAAGUCGUGCGCAUCGUCAGCAGCCUGUCUCAUCGCCUCGGCUGGGUACCAGUCCUUCUGCUCCCCUGGGAAACUGAACUCCGUGUGUAUCAGCUGCUGCAACACCCCUCUUUGCAAUGGGCCGAGGCCCAAGAAAAGAGGCAGUUCUGCCUCGGCCAUGAGGCCAGGGCUUCUCACCACCGCCCUGCUCUUCAACUUAGCCCUCUGCUUGGCGCACUGCUGAAGCUAAA